GGGAGACAGCCGUGUUGUUAGCAACAUCAUGGCGGCGUCCACAAGAGCUCAGGUGAUCUCUCUGUACAGGAUGAUGCUGAAAGAGAGCAGCAAGUUCCCCUCGUAUAACUACAGGACAUAUGCACUGCGACGUGUGCGUGAUGCCUUCAGGGCCAACAGAAAAAUUGAGGAUCCAAAAACGGUGGCUCAGCUGAUGGAGGAAGGACAGCAGAUGCUGGCAGUGAUACAGAGACAGGUGUCCAUAGGGAGGAUGUACGAGGCCCAGAAGACCGUGGUGGAGUAACAGCCACUGGCUGGCUGGUGGAGGCGGAGUCACAAACUGGAGCCAAUCACUGCCCUGAUACCAUCCCCCCUCCCAUCUUUCUGCUGAGCAGCUUCAGGUGGAGAUGUGCAGUGCAUUGUGGGAGCUGGAGAACCUGGAGUGUGUUUGGAAGCCAGUUAAAUCAGACUUCCUUUCUUUCUCAUUAUUUUUCUUUUUGAGUUUGUACGUCUGUUUUUUUCCACUCGCCGACGGCCAGCUGAAUAAUCCAGGCUGACGUCUCCAAAUGUUUCCCUUUGUUGAGCUGUAGCGAGAAGGAAAUAAAACAAGUUCCUGAAUGUGCAGUUUGCUCCUGAAAGCUGUAAAAAGAAUAAAAGCUUGUCAGCACGUCCUGCAUCAGGUGAGGUUCAGGUGAGGUUUGGUUUAACUGCGAGCUACAAAGAAAUCAGUUCCAACAGCAAACCGUGUCCUGAUGACGUCACUGCCGUGUCCAAAAAUAAAGUCCAACAAGCAGUUUCACCCUCGAUUGUUCAGAUUGCCGCCUGCUUUUAUUGUGACUGAAUGAACCGUGAAAAUGAAACAAUAAUGUUUUUAUUAUAGAAGCUGAAAUCAAAUCAGGUUGUUUUCCAUCAUAGUCCAUGUUUUAGCCCUUGUUGAUACUAAUGAAAUACUGAAUAAGAAAAGCUGAUUUAUUUACUGCUGAAUUCAGCAGCUUUUAUUUUAUAAUAAAUAUUAUGAAAUGUGAAA